AUGUCGACACGUGUCAGGGACGUCGAGCGGUUUCCGCAAAAUUUUCGCACUCGAUUUGGACGAGGCACACGGUUCACAAGCGGGAAAGAAGCAAGGCGGGUCCCUAAUGGGGUUCUGGCGGCAUGGCAUUUGCAUGAAAGGGGUGUCGCUCUCAUGUGCGGUCCCUCUGCUUCGCAGUUGUAUCAUCUGAUAGGGCUCCUUGAACCCACUUCUCUUUCACCCUCGAUAUUAGCGGCAAGUGCACGGGGUGCGUUUUCAUCCCUUCCGACUACACCCACUGGGGAGAAGUGGCACGGCCCUAGAGACGAGAGUGAAACUCAGGACCAAAUUCGUCAGAAUCCAUCUCAUCAAGAUGGGAGGGAGAACGCACAUCUGUCGAACUCGACUGGUCGUAAGAUUAAAGACAGUGCAAACUAUCGCCCGGACGAAAUUAGCAAGUCCCUUGCAAUCGAGAGCGAUGGCAUUGGCACAGUAGAUGUUGCAUUUGAUGAAGUCGCCGAUGGGCCUAAUUGGAUCUUGAGAAGUUCAACGAAAGGGCAUGGUCAAGAAAUAUAUGAUUAG